AUGGGAAAUCCCCAUUCUGAAUAUUACCGGUAUGGAGGUGGGGACGGGGGAAAAGAACUUAACGGGGAUGGGGAUGGGAACGGCACUCCCAGCCUCGAUUCACCUGUGCCAAACUCAGGGCAGAACUUAUCCAUCAAAGCUGGCUUACAAGGAAAGGACCGGAGACACUUGUCUCCCCCCCUCCACUCUGGUCUGGAGAUGCGAAUCCAAUUCAUUAUACCAUAUGUUUUUCCCUUUGGUAGAACUACAUCCAUGAAACCUGGCUUACAAGUUUACCUUGCCUCUUUCAGCUGUCAGUUCGGAGAUAGGUGUAAAUUUCUCCAUGUGAUUCAGCAACAGCAAAAGUCCAAUAUCUUUGGAUUUGGGUCACUAUCUGGCUCAGACCAACAGAGAAAGUCAAAUCCUUAUGGUUUUGGGGUUCAGAACAACUCUCAGUCAAAAGGGCCAGCUGAUUUUGGUUCCAAACAGAGCCAGUUUAAGCCUUUUGAAAACAAAUGGUCCCGUUUCUCCUCCCAAACUGCUAGUGCUGCCCCUUCAUCACAGAAAUCUGAUAAGCAGCCUCAGGCAACAAAUCAUAGGUGCACAGAUCCCGAUUCUUGCAGAAGUAUAAUUAUUGAAGAUAAUGAGCAUGAGAGUCCACUUUGGAAGCUUACGUGCUAUGGUCACUGGAAAAAUUUCCCUUGUGACAUCGUUGGUGAUAUUAGUUACGAAGAGCUGAGAGCAGCAGCAUAUGAUGAUGCCAAGCAUGGGUUGAACAUGCAGUCGAUAGUUGAAAGAGAGAGAAAUUUACUCAAUACCAAGUUGAUUGAGUUUGACAAACUUUGCAAUCCCCAGGGAGCUCUACUGAAACCUAAUCAUUCCAGCCAAAAUCCUUUACCUUCAGCUAGUCAAAAUGCAUUCUUGCAGGCUGCUAACAAUAGUGCCGCUCCAUCACUCUCAAGUUUUAGCCAAUUGGGCACAUCCCUCAACACGGGGUUUGGACCAAGGCCGUCUGCACCAUCAAAUAAUGGUUUUGCACAGCUGAAUCCUUUUGCUAAUUCCACCCAGACUUCGAGUGGAUUUGGGACAAACAAUUUUCUUUCUGGAAGUGCUGGUUCACGUGGCAGCCAAUUUCCUGCCACUGCACAUGUAAAUGUUUUUCCCUCGGGUACAGGAUUCGGCAAUACUGGUGUCAUGAGACAUGAAACCAACCCAUUUUCUACUUUAGCAGUGUCAUCACAAAUUCCUAGUGCAACAACUGGUCUGUCACCCAUUCUUUCAGAUGGGCCUACCUCUGCUUCCAAUGCAGUUGGACAGUCAACUACAGAAGUUCAGUUCUUAACUAACAUGCAAAGGGAUAAGAUUUCCGGGGAGAUGAGUAUUUGGUUGAAAAAGAUAUGGAGUCCUGGAGAGCUGUCUUCUUCCUUACCCCUCUCCUCAUAUGAUGCGACAUUGGUUAGUAUAUAA